CUGAUCCUGUGUCGGUCCGGCAAACUCAUCGGAACCACAUGCACAAGCAAUCGGAGAAGACCACUCGGGUGAGGACGGUGUUAAACGAAAAGCAGCUACACACUUUGCGGACGUGCUACAAUGCAAACCCGAGACCAGAUGCGCUCAUGAAGGAGCAGCUGGUGGAGAUGACAGGCCUGAGCCCGCGGGUCAUUCGAGUGUGGUUCCAAAACAAGCGCUGCAAGGACAAGAAGAGAUCUAUCUUCAUGAAACAGAUACAACAGCAACAUGGCGAUAAGACCAAUCUGCAGGUCAUGACGGGCACUGCGCUGGUUGCAGGCAGCCCAGUUCGACACAACCCCUCAGUGCCAGGACACCCGGUGGAAGUGCAGACUUACCAACCACCCUGGAAAGCUCUCAGCGAAUUUGCACUUCAGAGUGACUUAGAUCAACCUGCCUUUCAACAGAUGGUCUCUUUCUCGGAAUCCGGUUCUUUAGGAAACUCAUCUGGCAGCGACGUGACCUCUCUUUCUUUACAGUUACCGGACACACCGAACAGCAUGGUACCGAGCCCGGUGGAGACGUGAGAGAGACUGCUCGUCUGUUCCCCGGGAAAUCAUGAGAACAGCUCAUAUCACGGACGCGGGAAAUUCCAUGACCACCACCGGACAGCGCCAUCAGACAUAGGCUAUAGCAAAACCUGCACUGGGAACAGAGGAACCGUUUUUCCUCAAAUCCGUCAACAAGUCCGUGGUGACACUGGGAGUGAAAUGAUGGAAGUGAAAAUCUGCAUAGACCUACACUAAGUGAGGGACCUCGAAAUGGAUAUUCUUUAUUCGUUAUGAUGACUGUUGUAUCUGUGGUUUUUGGACAUCGAUUUCAGAAGAUGGGAUUUUUUUUCGUUGUGAAAUUUAUUG